AUGAAAAUAGUUUUAUUGCAAUUCACAAUGCCUUUGAAACUGUAUAAGAUGGACAUCAGUCCCCCAGUGUGUGGUACUCUGAUGGUUAUUGACCUUCUUAAAGUGCCCGUUGAAUUUGUGGAUGUUGAUCUGUUAAAUAAAGAACACUUGGCACCAGAAUAUUUAGAGAAAAAUCCAAUGCAUACAGUACCUUUGUUGGAAGAUGGUGAUCUGUACAUACAUGAAAGCCACACUAUUAUGGCUUACCUCUGUGACGUAUACGGUAAAGAUGACUCUCUGUACCCGAAAGAUCCAAAACAAAGAGCUCUGGUAGAUCAAAAAUUAUACUUUGAUGGUCAAUUCUUCAUCCGUGCCAGAAAUAUUAGCUACCCAGCAAUUUUCGAGGGUGUAAGGAAACCAUCAGAAAAAGUUAUCAAUGCAGUUAUUGAAUCAUAUGACUUUUUAGAAGCUUUCCUUUCCAAAACGAAGUUUAUUGCCGGUGACAAAAUGACUAUUGCUGAUAUCGCUAUCCUUUCAACCCUCGGGGCAACUCGUUUUAUGGUUCCUGUCGCCAACAAAAAGUACACAAAACUCACAGCCUGGUACACAAACAUGACGCAGCAGCCAUUCUAUCAGAAGUAUGGAGCGCCAGGAGCAAUAGGACUUGCUAAUCUCCUUAAAGACAAAUUAGAUAUU